CAAGCAAACCAAAUGUCAAACCAAUCCACAGUUAUGGAGUUCCUUCUGAAGGGUUUUUCUGAGGACCCCAAUGGACAGAUACUGCAUUUUGUGAUAUUUCUGUCAAUUUAUGUCAUAGCCCUGUCUGGGAAUGCUCUCAUAAUCACACUGGUGUUGUUCAAUCAGCAGCUUCACACCCCUAUGUACUUUUUUCUGCUGAACUUAUCAUUCUCAGAUAUAUGCUUUAUUUCCACCACUGUUCCCAAAUCCAUGGCCGCCUCCUUAUCAAACAGCAAGCUGAUCUCUUUCUAUGGGUGUGUUGCCCAGAUUUUCUUAGUGAUGACUUUUGCAGGUGGUGAGCUAGCUCUGCUUACCAUCAUGGCUUAUGACCGCUAUGUAGCAAUUUGCCAUCCUCUACAGUAUAUGUUAAUCAUGAACUGGGAAACCUGCUCUCACCUGGCAGCUGCUUCCUGGACCAGCAGUGUGAUCCAUGCUGUAGUAGAAACUAGUAUUACAUUUAGUUUAAACUUCUGUGGGUCCAAUAUUAUUGAGCAGUUUUUCUGUGAUAUCCCUCAGCUACAAAAGAUCUCUUGCACGGAUACAGAAGCAAAUCGAGUCCUGAUCCUUGUUAUUUCACUCACUGUAGAUGCCUUCUGCUUUGUGUUCAUCUUUGCUUCCUAUGGCUACAUCUUCUCAGCCGUGCUGAAGAUUCCAUCAGUUCAGGGCAGAUACAAAGCCUUCUCUACUUGCAUUCCCCACUUGACAGUGUUUUCCUUAUUUAUUCUCACAGCUGGGUUUUCAUACAUGAGGCCCAAAGCCCUCUCCUCUCCCACUGUCGACCUGCUCUCUGCUAUUUUGUAUGCUGUUUUACCCCCAGUCUUGAAUCCAAUCAUUUAUAGUCUCAGAAACAAGGAUAUCCAAGAAGCAGUGUGCAAAAUAUCAAAAAAAGUUAAAAACUUUCUUUCCGCUUCCGUGCUGGGCAUGGACGGAGACCGCUUCAUCGCCAUCACAGACACGCCCGCGAUGCAACUCGACUAG